AUGGCGCAGCUCUACACGAGUUGGUUCGAAAAGUGGCUAAAGACGUAUGUAGACGAUGAACCCUUUCAAGAUGUCAGCAACGUCGAGUCUCAGCUCUUUGGAGACUAUUCCUCGGCUAACUCACCAUCAGAGGUCGCUUUGGAGGUCUACAACGCGCUGCGAGGUACGGAUUUGUCACUGGAUCAACUCUGUAACUACAUUCAUCAAAUUGGUACCAUUAUAUCCCAAACUGAUUUAAGAGCCCUGGCGACUCAGCCACGGUCAAUGUAUAACCAAAUGUUCUCGGUGAUUUUCGACACAAAGGAUGGAGAAAACACACUGUUAGAAUGCCACAAGGAGGAUUCUUUUGCCCAUGUGUACCUAAUGGUCCGACUGCUUUACGAAAUUCUUUUAUUCACCAAGAGCACUGCUGUACGUUCGUUUGCGUACCACGAGAUUUUGAGGAACAGAGAGGUACUUUGCUGUCUCUUUGGGAUUGUCCACAAGCCUUGCACGGUUUCUGAAGGUACAAUGUCUAUCGACGUUGUUGAGGCAUCAAUUUUGGAUGCUCCCCCUCUCACAAAUGACCCAUUGCUAGACAAGAGUUUAAAAGAUUUAAAGCAUGGACAAGUAGAAUAUGACAAAAAUCCACUAAAUACAAUUGGAUUUCCGCCAUCAAACUACUUUGUUGGUAUCUUUGAUACGCUGUUUCUGCAAAUGUUACAGAGCAAAGAUCUAAAUUUGAGGAUGACUGGACUGUCACUCAUGGCUAUAUCACCAACAAUUGUUGCAAAUAACCCACAAAUAUUGAGUGAAAUGUUGAUUAAUAUGGUAGGGGACGAUGAUGAGCUCUCCUUUGCAUCCUCGGUUAGCAUGGCAGAGGUUUUGCCAUUACUGCCACAGGAGGUUGCCAUGGAUUUUUUGAGGCAAAGCUUUACCAAUGCCUUGCAAAACAAGGAGAAUUCAGAGAGAAUACAAGCCUUCAUCUCGUUAUCCCUGGGAUGCACAGGAUUGGACAAUGUCGCUACACUGGCUCACCGCAUGUUGUGGAUGCUUUGGGGAGCCAUCAAGGACCUAGAUUCGCCCAUUAUGCGGGAACAAGAGUGCUACCUAUUGGUAGCAUCAACACUUUUAUCUAGGGGAGACUUGGUGCCCAGGCAAAAACUUCGACUUGAAUCACUCUUGUAUGGAAAGGACCAAAAGGCUGACUCUGACAUGGUGGAAGAACUUGCCUAUUGUCUUAAUCUAAUGUACACAACUAGUGAAUCUACAAAGGAAAAUGUUCGAGAUAGCCUAAAACUUUACAAUGUACUCUUGGCCCAUUCAUCAGAAACACAAGGAAAAGGAUCGCUCUUGUACCAGCUGGUUGUGCAUCAGUUGGCAGUGUUUGAACAGUUUGGGGAUUUUUUCCUAUUUAAGCAUUCCAUAAAGACUUUGCCAUCCCUACUAGCGUAUGACAUUGAUAACAUUACAAUUUUAUCGUACAUUCAAAGCGCAUUUUCAAAGCUGGGAACAUCGCAUACAAGGUUUUUCUUGAAGAUUAUUGAGGCUUUACAGCCGUACCUGAACACUAGCCCUGAGUCAAAAGGGAAAGUGAUGGAUGAAGAUACGGAGUUCCGUGUGUAUUCCAUCCUAUCAAAUCUCUUGCGACAAUGUUACAUUUGCGAUCUUGAGGGUUUUAAACAAAACCUUGGGAAAAUAAACGAAGCUAUCACAUGCUCUGAUUUAAAGCUUCUUAUAAGGCCACUGGUGCAAAUUCAAAACAUUGAAAAGUCGCUAGUAUGCAAGAAGCAAAACUUUUUGGUUCAACUUUUUUAUGACAUUAUAACAAACGAAAGUCAGCUCCAUGAUAGCUUUAAAAGUGCUCCACUAUACAUUGACUUUGUCUCCAACAAGGUUUACAAGGGAAAAGGGACGUUUAAAAUUUCAGUGUAUAAACAAAAGACUGGAUGGGGAGUAGAAUACAAGAGGAUAUUAUCAUCGCAAGUUAUAAAAUUUGGGGAUACAACUAGCGGAAAAGAGGCUUAUAAAUUGAUACAAGUCUGUCUUAGGUUUGGGCUAUAUAAGGAAGCUAUCCAGUACAUUAAAGUAGCUUCUCUUUGGGUAGACUCAACUCUUUUAUGGUUUAAUGCCCUUCAUCAUCAUUCAAUGGCAGAGCUAGAACAGAGUCCGCUAUCCUCUAUAAAAUAUCGCAAGCAGUGCAUCGAAUCAUUGGAAUCGUUGCACACUAGGGAUAUUUUAGCCAUUCAACGCAAAAUGAAUUCUGAACUUUGGAACUAUGGUCUAAAUUAUCUUUUGCCGUAUCCGCUAUUGCACACUUGGUCGCUCGUUCAGCUGGUUCUUGAGACAGCGGUGGCUCACUUUGGGAACAUUUUGGCUGGGAAUGGGCCAAAGGUCGACCUGACCACAAUAUUCAUAUCGCUAAAGAUGCAGUACAAGGUGCUAGGGUGGCUUUUUAGGUCACGUUGUCAUGAAACACGAUCAAUUUUGGGUGUCUAUGAAGGACUUGCCAUUAUCCUUGCAAGCAUUGCCAAAGCAUCUGGUCUGAAUUCGGAUUCGCCAGAGCACCAUUCAGUUGAAGACGUAAAUGAAGCCUUUAAAAAUUACCUACACACAAUUUAUCCGGAUGCGCAAGUUCCCUUUACACUGGACAUCAUCUCCAUGUUAUCGAAACGACUGCAUGCACACUUGUCAUGUACCAGAUUCCUUUGCCACAAAAUUCCAUUUCAAGGAAACGCCAAAGACGAUGCUCCUGCUAUACUCGACACUAUGGACAGAUUUGAUGUACCACUGGAAACUAUUUGGCAAGAGCUGGUGAUAAACUAUAGGUGCAAAUUUGGCCAAGAUGAAAUUGGAUAUCAUCUACGGGAUAUUCCAAGUCUAGGAGAUUUAUACAACAUUUUAACAACAGUAAAGGGAAAAGCUACAAGAACGAAAAAAUUUUUGGAGGCAAUAAAGGCACAAAUUCCAACCCCAAUUGGAAUUGCAAAGGCAUACCCACUCCCAUUUGCGGCCAUUGUCGCCACAUUCUUUUCGAAAAAAAGAAAAAGCUACCAAGUCCAAACUAUUAAAUUUGAAGGCUCGAUACGGAAUUGCAAAACUGACCAAUCAUUCUCACAUGUACGUAUAAAAAUGGAUGCUGUAAUUGAUGGCAAGGUGCAAACAAUUCUCGAGGAAACUUUUAGAUUGUUGGAUAACGUGCUAAAUCACACAAGUCUGGUAAAGAUGCCAAAGGAUGUCAAGAGCGUAAAACUAGUAGCACUACCACUAGGCAAGGGGUAUACACCCGCAGGGGUACCGUGUGAUGUUUACAUUGCCCACAAAGUACUCGUAUAA